GAGUUAAAUACGCGUUUUUUUGAAAUACUUUGUAACGCGUUCGAAGCCUCAUACCAUAAACCUCUUACUUUGAUCGUAGGAAUAUCUCAGCCUUAAACUUAUAUUAUUUUUGAUUGUCGCAUAUCUUUGUUCAAUGUUAUUGUGUUUUCUUAACCUUUGGCUCACGUUUUCUUUAUUUCUUUAUCUCUUUUAGAUAACUACACUUAUUGUUCCUGACGCUUUCCAAGCACACAAGACACCUUGAAGCUAGAAGCAAACAUAGAAACGGCUAAUCUUUAUUUUUUAUCGAUGGCACUGCCGUUUCUUCCUGGAUAUAGUUUUAAUGGAAAUAUUGGGAAAGAAAAGUUCCACAAAUCACAUUAUUUGAAACUGGAAGGCGAUGAAGCUUAUAUGCAUGGUGAUGACAAGCCAGGGAUUGGUGGAGAAAAGCUACCAGGACAAAGAAUCGAUGUACCAACCAGCGUCUAUCCAUCUGGAAUGGGUAGUCAGCUCUCCGUAUGGCUGGCUUUUGAUAAACAGGCCUUAUCUUUUGAUGCUUACUUCCAAGAGUCCGUUAAUGAAAGACGUGAAGAACAAUAUCGUAUUAGAAAAUGUAAAAUCUUAUUUUACCCAGAGGAUGAUACUAUUCAAGUCGUUGAGCCACGUAUUGCAAACACUGGAAUGGCUCAGGGAACAAUUAUUAAACGGCAUCGUAUUUCCAAACCUGUACCAAAUGAACAUCUCUAUUAUACUGUGUAUGAUUUCAAUGUUGGAACAGAGUUUGUAGCUUAUGGAAAAACAUUUCGAAUUGUUUCUUGUGAUCAAUUUACAUCAAAUUUUUUACGUAAACUUGGUAUAAAAUUAGGUAAACCAGAAUCAAUACCAGAUGAUCCUUAUAGUAUUCAUCGUAAAGCUUUUACUGAGAGUAUGCAACCACUUAGACCAUAUGAAAGAAUGGAUAAACUUCGUCAAUUUCUUGAUCAUGAUCGUCAUGUGUUGCGAUUUUUCUGUUUUUGGGAUGAUACAGAAUCACUUUAUGGUGAUCCUAGAGAAAUGAUAUUAAAUUAUUUUCUAGCCGAUGAUACAAUUGAAAUACGUGAAAUUAUACCAGCUAAUUCAGGCCGUGAUGCUGUACCAUGUUUUUUACGUCGUCAAAAACUACCACGUACAAUUGCAUCAAUACCGUUGCCGGGUGUAAUAACUGACAGAACAUUAUUAAAUGUAUUCGGUCAUCCACAAAGAGGUGGACAUUAUAUACUGGAUAGUCUAAAGCUUGGUGCACCUAAAGAUGACUUUUACAAAGAUCGUGAUUUAACAAUCGGUGCAAAUAUUAAUGUUUACGGUAGAAAGUUUUUAAUAUGCGACUGUGAUGAAUUUACCAAAGAGUAUUACCGUAUCAAGUAUGGCAUACAAGAUUUCACCCCAGUUAAACCUAAGCUUCAAGAUCAUAUCACCACUGUGAAACGUGAAAUUCCACCAUAUAACGGUUGGGGUACUGAUGAAGAUUCACUGGCUAAUUGUUAUAGUUUAAUACCAAAAGCACCAAAUCAUAAUUUUAAAAAAUUCAUGGAAUUAGACCGUCAAGGUUUAGAUUCUCAUGUUUUACGUUUUGCUGGGCGUUUAUUGUCUGGACGACCGAUAGAUCGUGAUCGUCAGUUUGUGAUUAGUUGCUACUUGUCAGAUGAUACAAUUUCAAUUUUUGAACCGCAACAAAAAAAUUCAGGUUUCCAAGGUGGUUUAUUCUUAGAACGAUCAAAAAUAAAAAAACCCGACAGUAAAUUAUUUGAUAAUAAACCAAUGGAAUAUUACAAACCAACAGAUUUAUAUGUUGGUGCUAAACUGGAUUUUAAUACAUUUCUAUUUGAAUUAACUGAAGCCGAUGAUUAUACAUUAGAUUAUAUGGAGAAACAUAAAACACAAUUUAAACAAGCUGACUAUCAAUUAAUAUUGAAUAAAUUAAUAACAAUAUUAAACAAUGAACAAUGUGAUGAAAUUAUCAAGUAUGCUGUAAAUCAAGAUCCAGAUGAUACAGGAACAUUUGGUUUUGAUCAAAUGAUAAAUUUAAUUAAUCAGUUGACUGGUAAAGAGAAUGCGUUAACAACCCAUGAACUUGGUACAUUGGCAAGACAUUAUGGUGUUAGCCCAUCCAAGCAAAUAAACCUUGAAAUUUUGCUCGGGAUUGCACAACAAACACUUCGUAGAAAAGCAUUUGAAGACUUCUCCAGUUUAAUGAUCGCAUGUCGCCAACAAGAUGCCGAUAAAACAGGUGAACUAAGCCGUCAUGCAAUAAGACGCAUAUGUUUAGCGCAUCACUUACCAUUACCUGAUGACAUGUUGAAUUCACUUAUGAAUUGUUUAGUCAAUCAAAAUGAUUUAAUACAAUAUGAACAAUUUAUUAAUCAGCUUAAUUGGAAAAAUUAUAAUAUUAAUGAAUUAUCUAUUCAACCAUCAUUGGAUUAUACUGGAAAUAUUAAUAUUGACUGGUUACCAAUAAGUAAAGGUGAUAUGCCAAAAUCAAUGAAUUUAAGUAAAAAAUUAAAAGUCGAUAAAAUCAAUUAUAAAUCAUUGAUUAAUGAUUUAUUUAUGAAAGAUUUAUUUCAUUCACAAAUUGAUUAAUCAAUUAGUUUAAUAAAAUAAUUAAUUAUUAUUAUAUUUUUCCUUUAUAUACAAAAUCUAUAUACGAAAUAAACUAUAUAUUCAUUUUAAAUAUAAAUUGCCUAGUUGAUUUUAGUAAUUAAAAGAAUGAAAAGAUA